CCGCAAAGAUGACCGCCACAGCAGCCAAGAUCCUCGCCAAUGCCUCAAAGGCACUCAAGAUCGGCAUGAUGCCCGCCGACGGAAUCGGUCGGGAAGUCCUGCCGGUAGCCCAGCGAGUCCUCUCAUUGACCCCAGGCGCGCCCAAGUUUGAAUUCAUCCCUCUCCCCGCCGGUUUCGAGCUCUUCACCAAGACUGGAGUCGCUCUGCCCGAGGAGACCAUCAGGUGUCUCAAGGAAGAGUGCGAUGGUGCCAUGUUCGGAAGUGUCUCUAGCCCUUCGCACAAGGUGGAGGGAUACUCCAGCCCGAUCGUCCAGCUGAGGAAGAACCUAGACCUCUACGCUAACAUCAGGCCAGUGGUGGGAGUGAGGGGAACCAGGGAUGAGGACAAGUGGGUCGACACUGUCAUUGUCAGGGAGAACACCGAAUGUCUCUACAUCAAGUCGGAGACAAUCGAGGACACUCCCAAUGGCAAAGUCGCCAAGGCCAUCAGGCAAAUAUCCGAGCGAGCUUCUACCAGGAUCGGCAAGAAGGCCUUCGACGUUGCCCUUGCCCGACAGGAGAUGCGAAGUCGUCUUGGCACCGCUGCUGCUGUCGGUCAGGCAAAGGUGACCGUCUGCCACAAGGCCAAUGUCCUCUCGACGACCGAUGGACUCUUCCGAGAAUCGGUCCGUGCGGUCAAGGAGAACGACUCAAUCUCCAAGGGUGGAGCAGGCCGAUACCACGAGGUGGAGAUGGACGAGCAAAUCGUCGACUCCAUGGUUUACAGGCUGUUCCGUGAGCCGGAAGUGUUCGACGUAGUCGUCGCACCCAAUCUCUACGGUGACAUUCUCAGUGACGCCGCUGCUGCCCUUGUGGGAUCCCUCGGUCUCGUCUCAAGUGUCAAUGCUGGUGACUCCUUCAUCAUGGGAGAGCCUGUUCACGGCUCUGCACCGAACAUUGCCGGGCAGGGAAUCGCUAACCCCAUCGCCUCCAUCCGGUCCGGCGCUCUGAUGCUUGAGUACAUGGGCUACACUGAGCCUGCUCUGAAGAUCUACAGGGCCGUGGACCACGUGCUCAGGGAGGGCAACGUCCUCACCCCUGACCUUGGCGGCAAGGCUACCACCGACGACGUCGAGAAGGCCGUGCUCCUCGCUCUGGGCGCCUAGAGCACUCUCUUCGUGUAGCAUUCCGCACGGAGACUAUCCUGCACACCAAAUGCAAAUGCAAACUUGCUCAAAAUUCCCGCUAGUGUGUGCCUGAUUGUGCCAAGAGCGCCAAAGUGAUGCAUUGCGAGACUGUGUUCUAAGGCACCAGUUGCUUGCCCGACUUGCCUCUGGCCAAUGCCGCUGCCUCCUUCUGUGCGACCAAAUCGUCCUGCUUCUUCCUUGACUUGAUCAUCCUGCUGACACCAGCCACCUGACUGUUCCUUGAGCGGAGGUAGUAGAGCUUUGCCCUCCUGACUCUUCUCAAUCCACCCGUCUUGUUGUUCUUGCCCACCUCUGCCCUCGAGAUGACCCUUACAUCCUUCAACAGCGGCGAGUAAAGGUUGAA